ACGACACUUCUCAACCACAGUAGGUGAAGAGGUGUUCGCUGCGUUUAACAAUCCAGUUCUCAAUAGUUUAGUUGCACAGGGCAGUCAUUUUUCGAAAAAAUUCGUAGUGACUUAGGCAUUAAGAUGUCUGCGAACAUCCUAUCCUUCGCAUAUUUCAUACUAUUCGUUUCUAUAUCAACGGCGGAAGUAGCAAAGAAUUAUGAUAUUUCUCAAGAUGGAAGCUUGACAGGUACUCAAGAAAUCAUCACCAACUCGGUACAAGGACACAACAUAUCGCCAGCUCAACUGCAUAAGUUAGCUUUAGGCCUACCUCAGUCACAUGGUCGUGCAGGUUCACUAUCUCACUCAGGCUCACACAGUUCGAAUGUCAAACAUGAAGCCUCUCACUCACAUAAGGGAGGUUUAAACUUUGACUUCAACAAAUAUGGACAGGGUGGACAAAGUGGGCAGAAUUCGCACGGGCUGAAGGGAUUGUUACCUCAUUCUGGAUCGGGCAGUUCAAAAGUCAAUCAUGAAAGUUCUCAUAGCCAUAAUGGAGGACUGAGGUUCAACUUCAAUAAAUACGGAAACAAAGAGCAAGGAAAUGGUUUAGGCGGCGCUAGCAAAGGCAUAGGAGGAGAAAUUGGACUCGGCGGUGGUCUAAAAAUCGAAGGAUCUAAAGGCUCAAAAUCUAAAAUAGGAGGCGGUCGAUUACUUAGCGGUGGAGUUGGCGUUGGUCUGAAUAUCAAGGGCUCUAAAGACUCCAAAUCUAAAAUAGGUGGUGGCCGAUUACACGGUGGUGGAGUGGGAGCUGGUCUAAGCAUCAUGGGCUCUAAAGGCACCGAAUCUCAAAAAGGAGCUGGUUUUUCUCUCGGUGGUGGAUUUGGUGGUGGUCUGAACAUCCUUGGAUUCAAAGGCUCGAACUCUCAAAAAGAAGGCGGCCUUUCACUAGGCGGUGGAAAGGGUGGAAGUCUAAAUAUCCAAGGCUCGAAAAACUCUGAAUCACAAAAAGGAGCUGGCCAUUCUCUAGGUGGUGGAUUUGGUGGUGGUCUGAACAUCCAAGGAUCGAAAGGCUGGAGCUAUCAAAAAGAAAGCGGCCUUUCACUAGGCGGUGGAAAAGGUGGAAGCCUUAACAUCCAAGGAUCUAAAAACUCUGAAUCUCAAAAAGGAGCUGGUUUUUCUCUCGGUGGUGGAUUUGGUGGUGGUCUGAACAUCCUUGGAUCCAAAGGCUCGAACUCUCAAAAAGAAGGCGGCCUUUCACUAGGCGGUGGAAAGGGUGGAAGCCUAAAUAUUCAAGGAUCUAAGACCUCGGAAUCUCAAAAAGGAGCCGGCCAUUCACUAGGAGGUGGUCUGAACAUCCAAGGAACAAAAGGAUCAAAUAGCGGAUCUAAAGGUUCUUCUAAAGAUUCAGAAUCGCAGAAAGGAGGUGGCCAUAAACAGAGUGGAGGAAUCAAUGGAGGAUUAAACAUUCUUGGAUCUAAAGACUCCGGUUCUAAAAAACAAAGCAGUAGUUCAAAAGACAGUAACUCAAGCAGUGGAUCUCAAAUAGGAAGCGGCCACAAACACAGUGGAGGAAUCAGCGGUAGCUUGAACAUCGAAGGAUCAAAAGGCUUCAAACCUGGAAGUGGCCAUUCACAUAGUAGUAGCUCAAGCAAUAAAUCCCCAAGCUCUAGUUCUAAAAACAAAGGCGGUCAGAAACACAAAGGAGGUGUCAGUGGUGGCUUAAGCGUUGACGGAUCUAAAGGCUCGGGUUCUGAGAAGGGAGGCAAGAAUUCACAAAGCUCAAGCAGUGGAUCCAUUAGUUCUAGUUCUAGUUCAAGCUCUCGUCAUAAAGGGGGUCACAAGCACGGUGGACACAAGCACGAAGGAGGUAUCGGUGCCAGUAUAGGAGGCAUAACAUCUAGUGUUGGCGGUGCCAUUAGCGGUGUAAAAGAUGCUGUGGUCGGAGUCAAGGAUGCAGGCUUAAGCGGAGAAAAAUUAAAGUGGGCAUCAGCAUCUGGCGCGCUAUCAGGAGCAAGUAACUUAGUUGGUGGCACCUUAGACCCUUUGAUUAGCGAUAAAGUAAAGGUCUCUGGUAAAGUUGAAGGUAAAGGCAAAGGUAAAGGCAAAGGUAAAGGCAAAGGUAAAGGCAAAGGCAAAGGCAAGGGUAAAGGUAAAGGUGAAGGCAAAGGUGAAGGCAAAGAUAAAGGUUCGGGAUCUGCGGAAUCAGCAAACACAGUGUCCUCGGCGUGGGCUAGUCUUACUGGUGGAAUAAAAAAUGCUGUAGGCGGAGCGAAAGAUGCCGUUGUUGGUGCGAAAGAUACAGCGUUAAAUGGUGAAAAAACAAAGUUGGGCGUUGGCAAAGCAUUGCUUAAAGGCGCUACUAAUGUAGUAGAUGGAUUGAUCAGCUCUAAAGAUAGCGGUUCGAGUUCUGGAAGCGGUUCAAACAGUAAAGGAUUAAAUAUCGGCCUGAAUGUAGACCAUGAGCAUUCGCACAGUAUCGAUGGAAAACUUAGCAAAUAUCCUAAGGGCAAAGGAUCUCAGUCUGGAUCGCACAGCUUGAAACUUGGAGGUUCUCAUUCGCACAACGGAGGACUUAGCUUUGGAUUAAGCACAGGGGGUAAUUAAAUCGCAUGUGUCACGGAUCAUCGACCUAUUUUAUAGCUUGCUAAAAAGCUGCCCACCUGGAGAAAACUGUCCUCUAUCCUUAAGAGAAAAAAUAAAAAGUGUUACAAACGGAAUUACGGCUAAGGUAGGAAGUUUUGUUUCAGAAUUGAGAGCCAAACUAUUUUAUCCCAAAGACAAAGGUCUACCUAGUGCACCUGUAAAAUAUUAGCAGUCUGGUGAACAUUCUGUACAAAAUAAAUCGUAAACACUUUUUCUUUUUCUACUUAAAUUAUUACAAAUAAAUGCAUGACAAAAAAUA